CCUCAAGUAGAACGGCACUCAGGAAAUGAAGUUAGUGGUGACCUUCAUCCACUACUGCUUCCAGCACAAGGAGGUAAUGAAGAAUUGUACCCGGAUCAUGAUGUUGUGGAACUUAAAUGUGAACAAGUCAUAGAAGAUAAUUCUCAAAUUGAGUUCCUAAAGAGUCAGCUCGCUGAUUGUCAGGAAAAGCUUCAUAAGCUAGAUUGGAUAGAAGAUAAACUAGAUGUUUUAGAAAAGAAACUGAAAGGAAAAGUGAUCAUAGAUGAGAAGGACUGGAAUAACUUGUUGAGUCGAGUUUUGCUUCUUGAAACAGAACUGUUGUUGCAAUGCAAAAAGAGAGACUUAUCUACAGAGUUCAGCAAUAUAAAUCAAGAAUGUACUCCUAGUAGGAUUCCAGUUUCUCCUGAUACAGAGAGGAAGGAGGAGAUGCCAGACAGUCUUCAUCAGUUGUCUGGAUACAGCUCGCUAUUACCCGCAGACCCAUCUUCCAAAGCCAUGACCAUUAAUUCUCAUAGUCUGACAGACAUUUCAAAGGAGACAACAAGACAAAGAAUGGAAAGGAUAAGUUUCAGAAUUGAAGAAACGUCAGAAUUGUUGAAAGCUUCAAGCAACACCUCAGAGAAGACCUGAAAGCAUAGGUUUUCAGACUUGGUCUCUGUAGGCUUAUGGAUAUCAGAACUAAUAUGUAUGUUUGUACAGCAUUAAAUUUUUAAUAUAUCAAAUUUGUAAUGAUCAGUGCUUUUAUU